GCUCGGACUUGAGCGAGGUCCCAUGUAAACUACUCCGUAGUACGGAGUACUACCGCGGUUACUGCAACGUCUUACUACUACAGAGUACUUUACUACUUACUACCCAUCAUCUUUUCUCCUCCCACAGAUAGUGUUGUAAUUGAAAUUCCCGCUCAGCAGUUGGGUGCUGUUGGAAAUUACGUCCUAAUUGCUACUCGCUCAAACUACUUGUUAUCCUUUAUCAUCACUGUCAACAUUGUUAUUAUUGUGAUUACCUCUUUGUCAUUGCUUUUUACUUUUUCCCUUUUUCACGUGGUCAAGUGCAAUAUCGCAAUCAAUACCAAGGAAUCAAUCAGCGCACGAGUGACAAAUAAUUUUAAACAUUCAAUUGAUUCUAUCACACAAUUGCAAGCAGAAGAAUGUCUUUCUCCAACUUGGUCUCCGAUUUGGCCUUUAAGGAUGCCCGGGAUGAUCGGAGCUCCCAGAUUUCCCACGUACGAUCGCAAGCCACUGCUCGGUCGCACACAAGUACAGCUGCAACCAGUGUUAGUAUAUCCGGUGACAUCUCGAGCCAACUUCAUGCUGGAUAUAGUCAUCCACUGAGCAGGUCAUGGCAAGCGGAGCGGCAACUGACAAAGGAAAUGCUUAUCUAUCCUCUAUUUAUCACUGAUAAUCCCGAAGAAGAGACACCGAUACCUUCACUCCCCAAUCAAUACCGCCGGGGUGUAAAUCGCAUAGUACCUUUUCUGAAGCCUCUUAUCCACAAGGGGUUGCGGUCCGUCAUCCUGUUUGGAGUUCCCCUCGAUCCUUCGGCAAAAGAUGCGCUGGGGACUGCUGCGGAUGAUCCAUCCGGACCAGUCAUACAGACUAUUCGGCUCCUGAGGUCGCGGUUCCCUCAGCUUUAUAUUGUCACCGAUGUUUGUCUCUGCGAGUACACGUCGCACGGUCAUUGUGGAAUCUUGAGGGACGAUGGGACACUUGACAAUGCCCAAUCUGUUGACCGGAUCUCCGACGUUGCACUGGCUUAUGCUGCUGCGGGGGCGCAUUGUGUUGCUCCCUCUGACAUGAAUGAUGGCAGAGUCCGCGCUAUCAAACUGAAGCUGAUCGAGGCUGGCAUGGCACACCGGGUCCUUUUGAUGUCUUACAGCGCUAAGUUCAGUGGCUGUUUGUACGGGCCCUUCCGUGAUGCCGCCGGUUCGUGUCCCUCGUUCGGGGAUCGCAGAUGCUAUCAGCUACCCCCCGGGGGCCGAGGACUGGCUAGACGCGCGAUACAACGAGAUAUCGCCGAGGGUGCUGAUAUAAUCAUGGUGAAACCUGCGAGCAGUUACUUGGAUAUCAUCAGAGACGCAAAAGACCUCGCCACAGAUCUUCCAGUCGCAGCCUACCAAGUCAGCGGGGAAUACGCAAUGAUACACGCUGCUGCGAAAGCUGGCGUCUUUGAUCUCAAAGCAAUGGCCUUCGAGAGCACCGAAGGGAUUUUAAGAGCUGGUGCCGGGAUUGUGGUAACCUAUUUUGUGCCGGAGUUUCUUGACUGGCUCUCAUAGUCAUCUGUCUACAUCGCGAUUGCUUUCACACAACAAGCGGAUUUUGCGCCAUAAGGUAUCGUGAGAAUGUACCUUUGCACUUGUUACCCCUUACCAAUUUGUAGCCCGUGCAAUAUCGUGAUUUGGAGCUGCCGAUUGACAUGUUACUACGGUUUCCAAACCAUCCAACCUUGUUCCAUACCCUUGGGAACCUCUAUUCCAUGAUGAGAGAUACUCGACAAUCUAUCUAGACAAUUUUUUGUAUUUGACGUUAUCGACACCACUGAUGUCGGUUCUGGUCUUGAUGUGGGUGACAGGAUGAGGUGGAGAAUUGAAACGAUAAUCUACACAAAAAGAGAGAGAGGACCCUGAAUUCCAUAUAGAAAGCACACCGCAUCCCAGGUUGUCCAACGAAGAAACAAACUAGAGCCCAUGGGGCAGACAGGAAUGAUAGUAGGAAUAAUGAUAUUUGCAAAG